UGCAAAAACAUGGCUGCUUCGGGAAAAGAGAACCCCUUAUGUGAGCCGGUGAAAGUGGAUAAAUGGAAUGGCUCGGCUGUCAAGAAUGCAUUGGAUGAUGCUGUUAGAUUGAUUUUGACGACACGCUUCAACUAUGUUGAGAAUCAUGGUAUGAUAGACAAACGUCUCGCAAUCUGCACUGUAUCCUGCCUGUUUGCCAUUACAGCUUUAGUGUACGACUACCUCCAUCCAUUCCCUGAAUCAAGACUUGUACUGGCAGUAUGCGUCAUAUCAUAUUUUGCCAUGAUGAGCGUGCUUACCCUGUACACCUCAUUCAUUGAGCAGAAUCAUUUUCUAGUUGUUCAUCAGAAAGAUCCUGCUGGGGUUGACCCAGAUAACAUCUGGAUUGUUGACUCUUACAUGAAGAGAUUUGACGACAUGUACACCCUAGUUUUGAACUACACCGACCACACCACCAAUACCAAUAGAGAGGACUCGGUCACCAAAUCGGUAGGAUCUUGGUUUGAUGAAAACGGUCUCUUAGAAAUGGAUGUAUUCGUUAACGAUGUCAACUCAUUACAUAACAGCCUCAUGUCGGAUAAGAAACAAAAGUGAUUGCAUCAACCUCUUUUUCUCGUUAGGAUUUUUUGUCAACAUUUUUUGCUUCUUUGUUUAACAGCUGUUGAGUUCUGUGUAUUUGUCAGUAGAUGAGAGCCAUGUUGCUUUGCAGACUUUUUACAAUUGUUUUUAUUUAUACUCAAUGUUUCAACUCUUGGCGAGUUUUGUUUUUAAUCAUUUUGCCAUCAUUUUGUAGGAAUUUUUCCCCUCAAUUGUCAAGGAAAAGACUGUGCUUAAAAAACCACUGAAUCCCAAUAUCAUAGAGCUGCUGAAGAAGCAAUGCUGCUUACUAAAAUCUGUGACUGGUAUUCUGCUAUUUUUUGUUCAACAGGAAUUUUGUUUAAAACAUUAUUUUCUGCUAAAGCAGCUCUGUGAAAUUAGGCUAUGAAGACUAUGGGUAGAUUUUGGAAGAGUUUCGGCUAUUGCUAGAGAAGUUGAAACUUUUUUUUCUUUCUCAUUAGAUAAGCAAGAAAGCACUACAAAGAAAUCAAAGUCAAGCUUUAGUUUAUGAAUUGUUUUUAUUUUAUUUACUUUAAACUAAUGAGGGAAUAUAUUUUAAAAAGUUCUCACACACGUCAACAUUCAGCAAAACACAUUUAGAUGUCUUAUCAAACAAGUCUGCUCUUAAAGAUAUCAAAAUAUAAAAACUAAUUACUCUAAAGUAAAAUAGGACCAUUUGUUGAAAUAUCAGUCUGUUUUUAUAUAAAACUUCAGCAUCGUGUUUUGUUAAUCCUGAGAAUAUUAUAGUUGCAGAUGACUUAAUAGCACUUGUGUAGCCAUCUUAGGUUUUGCUUAAAUAGUCUAUAAGAUUCAAAAUGAGGCUCAAGUCUAAUAAUGGUCUGGCGACUGAUUGGUAGUUUGUUAACUAGCAGUUAAACUAACUUUCUUUGGGUGCAGUUGGUCAAUAAGUCGCCAUUUGUUAUACUUACUGAUAUGAAUGUAUUAAGUAUUGAAUAAAUCUCCCUGAUAUACUGAA